UGUCUCUCGGCGGCUGCGACGGCGGCGGCUCGCGCAGCUUGUUGGCUCGCUAUAUAAAGGGGAGAAGCAGGCGGACCGGACGGCUGGAGCUGCAGCCGGUGGCGGCAGCGGUGGCGCGGGGAGCGGUGACCGGUGUUGGUUUCCCUCCUCGGCGCCGAGUGGGGAGCGGGUGACGCCCCCUAACCCCCUAAGGGGUCGUGGCUAAUUUUUUUUUUCAUUUUUUUCCUUUAGGCGAUUCUCGAGGUCUUUAGCUGCGGGAGGAGUGCCCCCCUCCUCCUGGUCUCCCGCCUCUCACUCUUUCUGGAUCGGUUUUGUUGAGAAAUUUUUGCCCCACUCGUGCGGGUGACUUGGGUCACCCUCCGGGUCUCAGUUUUAUUUUUCCUUUUUUUUUUCCUUUUUUUUUUUCCUUUUAUAUCUCGUUCCCUCUUGUUUGUGUUGUGUGUGGAAAUGGCGAACUCGGCAAACACAAACACCGUGCCUAAAUUGUAUAGAUCUGUGAUUGAAGAUGUUAUUAAUGAUGUACGAGACAUUUUUCUGGAUGAUGGAGUGGAUGAACAGGUCCUGAUGGAACUAAAAACUUUGUGGGAGAAUAAACUAAUGCAGUCCAGGGCAGUAGAUGGGUUUCACUCAGAAGAACAGCAGCUUUUGUUCCAAGUUCAGCAGCAGCACCAACCCCAGCAGCAGCAGCAGCACCACCACCACCACCAGCAGCAGCAGCAAGCGCAACCUCAGCAAACACUACCUCAGCAAGCACAGACCCAACAGGUUCUUAUUCCUGCAUCACAGCAAGCUACAGCACCACAAGUUAUUGUUCCUGAUUCUAAGUUGAUACAGCAUAUGAAUGCUUCAAGUAUUACGAGUGCUGCUGCUACAGCUGCUACCUUGGCACUACCUGCUGGUGUGACUCCUGUUCAACAGAUCCUGACAAACUCAGGCCAGCUGCUUCAGGUGGUCAGAGCAGCCAAUGGUGCCCAAUAUAUCUUUCAGCCUCAGCAGUCAGUUGUUCUACAACAACAAGUUAUACCACAAAUGCAGCCUGGUGGAGUGCAAGCGCCUGUUAUCCAGCAGGUCCUAGCCCCACUUCCUGGAGGGAUUUCACCACAGACAGGUGUCAUCAUCCAGCCACAGCAAAUCUUAUUUACAGGAAAUAAGACUCAGGUCAUUCCUACAACAGUGGCAGCCCCCACACCAGCACAAGCACAGAUCCCUGCAGCUGGACAGCAGCAGCCACAGGCCCAGCCUGCUCAGCCGCAGGCUCCACUGGUUCUGCAAGUUGACGGAACAGGGGAUACAUCUUCUGAGGAAGAUGAAGACGAGGAAGAAGACUAUGAUGAUGAGGAGGAGGAAGAUAAAGAGAAAGAUGGAGCUGAAGAUGGGCAGGUGGAAGAAGAGCCCCUCAACAGUGAAGAUGAUGUAAGUGAUGAGGAAGGGCAGGAACUCUUUGACACUGAAAAUGUUGUUGUGUGCCAGUAUGAUAAGAUACACAGAAGUAAAAAUAAAUGGAAAUUUCAUCUCAAGGAUGGCAUUAUGAAUCUUAACGGAAGAGAUUAUAUAUUUUCCAAAGCCAUUGGAGAUGCAGAAUGGUACCACCGAGCUGCAGUUGUAUGUACACGUGACGUGUGGAGGUUGUCCUUGCUGGGCUGCGGUGUGUAUUUACCUGUGCUCAGUCUUUAUGUAAACCCUGGGAUGACAUUCUGUACAAUGAUCUAAGAAGCAUGAGGGCGAGUGAGGAGGCCUGGAUUUUUAUUAAACAAUUUAGUAAUUAUAAAAGUUUCUUGUGUUUACUAGUACAGAUUUUUAGAAAUUAUUUUAAUUAAACAAAAAUUUUUUAAAAAAACUUUGUAAUUCGAGGGAAAAGUUUGAGGGUGGAGGGGUUAGAGCAAAGUGGGCCACUAAAUAUAAAUUUACCUCUUCUUCAUUGGGUGAUGGAGACAUAGGCUCCAAUUUGCACAUUGGAAAAAAAACAGAUUUGACUUGUAUAUUUAAAACUCUAGACAUUUGCUGUGUAUUUAGAAUGUGUAGCUCUGUUCAUGUAAGGGGGGCUCCACCAGAACAAAGAGGCAGCCUCCUGGGACCUGCAGGGAUGCUUGCCCUCCUCACUUCUGUUUUAGUAACUAACAAAAUUUGCAUUCAAGUUAUCUUGCCUGUUGACUUUUUUUUUUUUUUUUUUGUGGGUCUUCCAUUUUUGUCUUCCUUUAUUUUGACUUUAUGUAGUUCUGGAAGUAACAUAAACUAAAGUAUAUUACAAAAGAAAAACUGUGAGCUAUAUAGUGCUUUUUUUAAGAACAUAUUUUGAAAUUUCUUAAUGCAGUUGAUUUCUCCUCCCCACUUCACACUCUACUGAACCAGUUUAUGUUGUGAAAUUUGCUAUCAGUGCUGGGGUCUUAACAUGAUAGGAGUUAGAUUUUGCUUUUAUUCCAUAAUUGGUAAUACAGGUUUUUUGUUUUGUUUUUUGUUUGUUUGUUUCUUUGUUUUCUUAAUGUAGCUUUUUGAGGAGAAGUUUGUUUAAUCUCCUAUUCUCAAAGCACACAGCAGUUCUGGUUUAACUAUAAAACUUGAUGACUGGAAGGAACAGAAUCUUCUGAGUUGUUGAGUUGUCCCUUGGCAUAGUCUCCAGGCUUGUGCACUCAGUGAAAUCAGUAACCUGAACUACCUAUGGCCACACAGCAGUGUUGCUUCAGAAAAACUUGGGCUAUUCAGUAGUUAUUAUGCUAAUUCAGCACACACGUCCUGCCCCGAUGUGUAGCUGAACAUACGGAAGGUUAGCAUUAUUCACUGGCCUGCUUUUUCUAGCUGAACAUUUUCAAGCAUGAACAACCACUUCUUUGAGAGUGGCACACAGAGGGCUAUCUUGAAGCAGGAACUGACCAUUUAUAUUUGUAUUGCCUAAUAAUGAUGGCCUCCUGGAUGAAUCCUUUGAUCUGGGAACGCUCUGAAGGCUGGUUCCAACAGCCGUGCACACCAGACUGCUCUCACAUGCUGUUAUAUUGUGUUCCUUUUAAAUCAAGUAGCAUGCCGUGCUCUGUGGUAUGGUAGCUUUUGCUGUGUAAAUGUCACUUGCUUUGCAUUCUCAAUCAUGCUUUCACCAUUACAUUUAACUGAUGAUGUCAUUAAGUUGUAUUACGGUGUCAUUCCUUUGGAAAGCAAGGGAUUCCCACUUGCAGAAUUUUAAGACAAAAGUAGCAUUUUUAUCCAAAAGGUGGAAAUAGGGACGCAAGCGGCAGGCAGUGUCUUCAGAAGCUGAACUGUUUAUAGAUUUGUACCUACAGUGACGGCACCUUCUACAUGACGUGCCAGCAGUGCUAAGGUCAAUUUACACAGAUGACUAACGUGGAAAUGUGUGCCUUUCAGUAGAUGAGCUCUUGCCUGGUGGCCGAUUGUAUUCUCAUCUCACCGGAAUGCUGGAGAGCACAUGCGCUUUCUCAGAGUAAUAUUGCUUUGUCUGUCCCGUGCAGUUUCUAGAGUCAAACAGGAUAGGAGGGGAUCUUUAUAUUAGGCCUUUAUAUUUGAAAUGUUCACAUUUCUGUUAAAUAUGCGUCACAUUUACACUGUUGCCUUUUUAAAAGUCAGGCUGGCAUCAAGAUUCAUGCGGCAUGUACAGUGAUUGAGAUGUGUUAUUGACAAGCAUACCAUAUUCUGGCUUUACAAGACAAUGUAAAAAAAAUACUAGUUUUUAUAUAAAGACUUGCUUUUGCUGUAUUGAAAAUCAAGUUUUCUUUUGGUGGCUUCUAUGGACCGAUGCAGAGUUGUGUCCCUCUGAGAAUUUUUUUUUUUUUUAUAUUAUAGCAAUAAUGUCACCAUGUUAGAGGGUAAGUAUUCCUUGUAUAAGAACAGACAUAUUUCUUCUUAGCAAUUUUCCCUUUAUAACAGCAUUUUCUUCCACUUGAGAAGGCUCUUAUAUUUUCAUAUUACUUCAUCUCGAACUUUGGAGCUUUUGUGCAAUGUGCUAUUUUAUUGAUCUUUGUACAUUUUCAUUUCAUGUCUCCUUCCUACCUGUCUGAAUCAGCUAUAUCAGAUGUUGAGGUUUUCGGUUAAUGGUUUUAUGUGUUUUCUCAUCUUUGUUCGGUUUACCCUUUAAUCUGUUACCCUUAUGGAAAUUAUUCUAGUUUAUAUUCUUCCCCGGGAAACCCGCCUUUCUCCUUCUGUUAUCUUCCUUUCAUGUAUGAUUUAAGGAAGAUUGCAUCAAAUUUAAUAUUUUAUUUUUGGUGAAUAAAAGUUUCCUCCCGUUUGAGGGGAGAACAAAACACCAUUGAAUAAAUAAUUGUUGGUUCGGUCAAACUUCCUCAAAUCAGUUUGUAUGCAUUGGGUUACACCGGGUGGGGCGGGGCUAACCUACAGCUCGUCGGAGCUACUAUUGUCGACUGCUGUUGUACAUACUGUUCUGUGUAAGGGCGUAAAUAUAUUUAUUAUGUUUGUAAAAUUCAUUCUGUACACUUGCAGAUCAAGGUUGCUCUUCUGUGAUAUAUCGGGUGUUAAGUUUUAAAGACCAUCUUGGAAUACAAUUAAAGAGCUUAGUAUUUUGAUGUACUAAGACUAUUUUAAGUUUAAUAUUUUACCUUGCAAAAACUUUAAUUAAAGAUGUUAUUUAAAAAAGAGUAAUGUUGCUUGCUUUGCUUACUAGUCAGUGACAUUGGUAUAUGGACAAUUGAGUAAAACCAUAUAGUUUAGACAGGAAGUUUGAACAAAAAUAGGGAUAUCGUUAAAUUUUGUACCCUUAGUUAAAUUCUGUACCUAUAAGGUAGUGGGUUUGGGGUGCCAGACUGAAUUGUUAAACUGUGUUAGAAAUCCUUCAGUGCUUUCAAAAGUUGUAUUUUCCAGACACAGAAGCAUUUAGGAUGGAUAAAUUCAUGCCAUCUAAAUGUAAAUUAAGGUUAAUAUAAUUAACAUUGUAUUAAAAUGAGUAUUUCUACUCAAAAAGCUUCGAUUACAUAGGAUAAAGUUAUUAAGAACAUUGUUUCAUUUGUUUGGCUAAACUGUUUUUUCUCAGUUCAGAGUUUGUAAAUAAUUGCUUAUUAGGAGAUUUGGAUUAUUGAGGUUUGUAUUACAUAUUGAAUCUAUUUUGUGUUACUUUAGAAGAUAUUAAAAUUACUAGCAGUAUUUUGAUUUUAUAGUUAAUUCAAAUGAAUCAUUAAGAGCUUGCCUUUUUGUAAUUUUUUAUCCUGUUAUAAACUACUUUAUCUAAGGAAACAUGCAGAUUUUAACUAUUAAAUAAUCAUAAUAAAGAUAUUUUAUUUAUUGCCAGCAUUCCUUGUAUUUUGCAGUUUAAUUGAAUCUCCUACGUUAUGAUCUUAAUAAUCCUUGUGACACGAGUUCCCAUAUGUGAAAUGACAAUGGCAAGAUUUUGAGUAUGAGAUAAUUUGGAUAAUGUAAAAUGAUUGGUUAAAAAAAAAGUACAAAUAGUAAAAUGUGUGAUUGAGAGACCAAAAGAUUUGUUCACAGAACAACCCAGUAGGUAAACCUGUGUGGUCAGCAAGAGCAGACCAAGGGAGAGGAAGAGAAGGAACGCCGGGCAUCAGAGUGGGAAUACUUACUGUUUGCAAUCACAGGUCUGAAAUAAAUGUAUUUUUUCAAAAUGGAAA